UGGCAUCGGACGCGACGCACCACCACCCAGCGGAAUAAUUUCUCGACAAAAGCCCCUCGCUGCGGACCAUGGCCGGUGCCCGUUAUCGGUGGCUAUAGCUAGACUCCAAGUCCAUCCUCUCAUUUUUUUUUUGUCGAGGCCGUCUUACGCGCUUCAGCUUUUUUGCUGGCGGGGAGACAAGGCGUCUUGAUCCCCAAUUGCUUACACCGCUCGACGCGUCUGCCGCUCGAAGAUGGCAACGGCCUCACCAACGCCCAUGGCUACCGCCGGCCCCGUUCGGAGGAUCUCGCAGCGUCAGGCCCUGAGGCGUCCUCCGUCGCGACCGAUGCUCAACAGGAGCGAGAGCCAGCCCGCACCCGAGGGCCCGUCUCAAUCACAGCCUCAACACCACGGCCAGCAAUCACAACAACACCAAGAGCAGCAGCAGCAGCAAUACAACCACCACCACCACCAGCACAAUCAUCAUCACGACGACAGCUCCGAAGACGAGAUCCCUGUGCCUAUGAAACUCAGUGCCCUCACCAAGGCGCUGCUCAAUGACGGCGUCCCCGAGGCGGCCGCCCUCGCCGCGACCAGACCGCCCUCGCCGCCAAGGACUCGACGACGCGCGAGCCAGCUCAACACGUCCGCCGCCGCCGCCGCCUCCUCGACCGCCGCCCCCAACGACCGUAGGCAUCUGAGGUCGGGCAGCGUGCAGGCCGCCGACCCCGCCCGGUCCUCGAAGCCCCCGAGCCGCGAGGCCAGCCCCGUUAGGAAGCGGGUGGUGCGCCUCAGCAACACGCCUCAGAGCCUCAACCAGAUCCAGCCGUCGAAGCGUCGCUCAACGUCCAUGUCCAGGUCGACCGGCGCGGCGGCCGUGCGCCCUGCUGCCCCCCCGGCACGUCCACCGAGCAGGACGGGUGGCGGCGCGAGGGAGCGGUCGGCGGCGCCCGAGGAGAGGCCUGAGUCGCGGCAGGAGGAGCAGCGGUCCGGCGUCAACACGCCUGCGCGCGGCGAGCGUGUCGUGCGCAUUGUGACGGGCUCGUCGGGCAACCGUAGCCGCAUCGGCUCAGCGGGUCCCUCGUCGGGACGCUCUAACAAUCACGACCGGUCGGCCGUGGACAGGUCAGCGCUCGAGGGACCCGAGGUCGAGCAACCCCCCGAGGCGCCCGAGACGGUCGCGCGCAACUCGGCCAAUAGCUCGAUGCGCGUCAAGCGCGUCGGCAAGAUCCCCGGCAGCUUCCUCAGCGGACCCGCGCGGCGCGGCCGCAGACGGCAAAGCGAGGAGGACGUCGACGAGAACGGCGACCUCAUCGCCAGCCAAGAGCCCGAGCACCAGGCCGAGGCGUCCUACUACGCCGACGGCGUCCGCGACUUCAACUCGGGCAGUCCCAUUAGUGGAAACGCCGCGGCGCGCGCCAUUCACCGGAGAUAUGCCUCUAACGCUAACCUUCAGGAGCCCGCGUCUGCUCGCCCUUCGCCGCGCGGUCUUCCCCUGCCGCCCAAGCGCACCGAUGAGAUCCCAGAGCACAUGCUGCCCAUGCGCAUCGAGAUGCCAUCGGCUCACGACCAGGAGAAUGAAGUUCCCGCGAGCUACAAGCGGUCCAAGAUAUCAGUCGACCACCCGUUGGAGAAGAACUCGCGGCCCCUGAGCGUCGACAUCAACCUGGGCGUGCUCAAGGCCGCCGCCUCGCCGCCGAGGAAGCCGCUCGCCGCAAUUACCAACAACACGCCCCAUCGACCGGCUCCGCCGCCGCCGCCCAAGAUGUCCGUCCUGGAGGCCGCCACGUCGACGGCCGGCGCCGCGGCCACCACGACGCAGGCCAAGCAGCGGAGAAACGUGCUGCGGGUCAACGGCAAAUGCUACACGAGGCUCGACUGCCUCGGCCGCGGUGGCAGCGCCAAAGUGUACCGCGUGACGGCGGAGAACGGCAACAUGUUUGCCCUCAAGCGCGUGUCUCUGGAGAACGCCGACGAGACGACCAUCAAGGGUUACAAGGGCGAGAUUGACCUGCUGGGUAAACUGUCGAGCGUAGAUCGCGUCAUCAAGCUCUUUGACCACGAAAUGAACUCCGAGAAGCAGGUGCUUACCUUGCUUAUGGAGAUGGGUGAGCUAGAUCUCAACAAGCUCCUCGCGUCGCGGCAGAACCCCGAAGCUGCCAAGUUCGACCCCGUCUUCGUGCGCUGCUACUGGAAAGAGAUGCUCGAGUGCGUGCAGUCGGUGCACCAAUACGACAUCGUGCACUCGGAUCUGAAGCCCGCCAACUUUGUGCUGGUCCGCGGGCGGCUGAAGCUCAUCGACUUUGGCAUCGCCAAUGCCAUCCAGACGGACGAGACGGUCAACGUCCACCGCGAGACGCAGAUUGGCACGCCCAGCUACAUGUCGCCCGAGUCGCUCAUGGAUUCCAACAACCCGCGUGGCGGACGGCUGCCCGGGCGACCCAAGCUUAUGAAGCUGGGCAAGCCGAGCGACAUUUGGUCGCUCGGCUGCAUCCUGUACCAGAUGGUGUACGGGCUGCCGCCGUUUGGCCACAUCGCCAACCCGAUGGCGCGGUGCCAGGCCAUCGUCAACUGGGACCACCACAUCGACUUCCCCUCGCGCGCUAUGGGCGGCGUGCCCGUGCCUCCGUCGCUGAUGCGGACCAUGCGCCGCUGCCUCAACCGUGAGAUCCACAUGCGUCCGACGUGCGAGGAGUUGUUGCACGAGACGGACCCCUUCCUGUACCCGGCCGAGCUCACCGACAAGGCGCUGCCCAUUGACGAGGAGCUGCUUGGUAGGAUCAUCCAGAGCGUCGUCACGAGGUGCCGCGAGCGCAUGCCCACCGAGGCCGAGACUAUGAGCGUCUGGCCGCAGGCGUACUGGGCGAGCAUCAGGAAGGCUAUGGCGAGCAGGCAUUGAGGGACAGGGACAUGUCAUGGCACGACUACUAAUUCUUCAACUCCCACGAAUGUCCUUUCACCCUGCGCUUGAGGGCUGAGGAGAAUGGCCGACAAAAGGGCACUCUACAAUUUGUUUUUCUCCAUGGCGGAUGGGAUGGCGGGGAGCGAUUGCCGGUUAGUUUGGCUUGGAGUCGGGGAGUUUGGACGAAGGCUUUCUUCACUGUCACUUGCAUAUACCACUUGACGCGCUUUUUGUGUAUGAGUGCACACAGAUCAACACGUUUUCUUACUCUUCUUCACUCGCUCAGACACAUAUGCCCACCGGAGCCAGCAUAGACUAGCGUCAACACGUACACACACACAUCAAAAGACACAUGUUUAAUGGCUUCGAGA